AUGCAUUCGCUCCUGGGCCGGGAAAAGAAAGAAGAAGAAGUCGGGUUCGGGAUCGAUCUGGGUCUGUCUCCGGGCUUUUUGCCCCACGCUGCCACCAUGUUCAGCUGUGUGGGCUGCUUUUGGGUGCUCCUCUCCUCCGCUCUGGUCGCCGUCUGCAGUUUCAGUUUCAUAUCUCCUGCCUGGAUUGUUAAGGACCAGCUGAGGAACAGCCACCACCAACACCAGCAACAGCAGCACCACCACCACCACCACCACAACAGCAAGGACUCUGUGAGCUUCGGCUUGCUGUGGCACUGCUCGGAGUCUCUGGAUCACAUGUACCGAUGCUACACCUUCGGGGGACUGGGCAAAUUUGCGGAGAUCCCCUCCAGCUCCUGGCAGACCAGUGCGGUGCUGUGCUCAGGCGGCUGUGCUCUGCUGGCUGUCAGCUCCCUGUUGGCCAUCAUCACCAUCUUCCUGCCCAGCGGAGGAUGUGAGAGGAGGAUCUGCACCCUGGCUGGAUACAUGCAGAUGGCUGCAGUGUUCAUCAUGGCUGCCGGACUGCUGGUCUAUCCCUUCGGCCUAAACUCCUCUCUGGUCAGAUCCUUCUGCGGGGACUCCGACAUCUACUACGCUGGCGAGUGCCAGAUCGGCUGGGGCUACAUGCUGGCUAUUGUCGGAGUCAUGCUCACUGUCUUCUUGCCCUUUUUUGCCAAAUAUGCACCGAAGGAGCAGCUGUCCCCCACCCCUCUGCCCACGCUGUUAUAGUGCAUUGAAAUGAAGUCUUGUUUUUUUCCUCUAAUGACCAGCCUCUCUAACCUGGGCUUGAUGUCAUGGAGAGACACCUUGCAUCCUAUUUUUAAAGGCGAUGCUGUUUAGGAAGAAGCCCCACCCAGUGCUAACUGAAGCUGACCCUCAACAACUAACACUGUCUUCCUACAUCAUUAUGUAAUUAGUUCCAAUUCAAUUCAUUUAAAAGUAAUGUUUUAUGUUACAGUAAAACUCUGUGGUUAUAAUUUUUACCCUCAGAUCUACAGAUUUCCACAGUUUGACUUAUCUGUUUUCUUCAUGUCAGCUCUGGGGACAAGUCACGGGAUGCAAAGAGUAAUAACCCCAUUUCACGCAAAUUUGAGAACAUUUCCAUAAACAUAACAUACUUGCUUAAAGUGUAAGUGUUUUUUUUCCCUCCUUUCUUUUGUGGAAACAAGUCAGCGUACAGUACACCACAUUCCAAAACAGACUGGAAGUUGUCUGCAUAAAGACAGUGAGAGUAUGAGACUGUGUGGCAGCGUGGCUCGACCAGUCAAAUAACGUUUCAGUACGAAGGUUGUAAAGAACGUUUGAGUCAAAGUGAGAGACACUUGUAAUGAUCGAAAUGCAUCUUGGCAUUUGGACUGUUCAUACGGUCUGGAUUUAACAGAGCUGAUGUUUGAGGUUUGAAAACAGCAAAAUUGAUAAAAGAGCUCUGACACUUCGAGGGAUUUUUGCUCUACAGACGUUUUCUGUCUCCCAGUCCUGUGAUCAGGCCGUGAACCGCUUUUAACUUUCAACGACAGUGCUUUCACUAACUGUCAUAAAGAAGGGACAUCUGACCUGCCGAGAGGAUAAAUGGAAAUCCCUUCUCAUAACAAGGGAGUGAAUCAUAAUAGUAUGUAGUGGUUUCAGAGCAGUGUUGUCAAAAAAAAUUAUGUUGGGAUACUGCAUCCUUUUGUUAACCUUUUUCCUAGAAUUGUUUGUGUAAUGUAACUCCGCUUGUCAAACAUGAACCAUUUUUGUUUCUGACUGCAACACACAAUACUAAACACUCUAAUUCAGGAAAAAAAAAGAUUACAAAAGGCAGGGAGAUGUGGGAAUUUUGUCAAAAAUGCAUGAUAAGAUGGGCUUUGUUAAUGGUAGAACAAUUGAUCUAGAUUUUAAAUGUGAUCUGACCAACUUGUGCCUUUUAACAUAACCAAGACAAGUGUUUAAUACAAUUAUCAGGUUAUCAUCUUUUUCUGCUGUGGAUCCUGUUGUGUGAAGUGAUUUCUUAGUUUUCCUUUUUCCUAUUAUAUUUUUUCCUCUCAGUGGUAAAGUGUUUCAUGUGUACUUGAUACAGUAUGAUCUUGAGAAAAUGUUCUGGAGGAAAUAAAAAAAGAUGUCUUCUAAUCCUUGGAGGAAUUGGCAGAGAGAUGGAAAAAAAAAAAAAGGAAAGCAACGCACUUGUGUUCAAUUAUACCCUGAGAUUUUUUUUUUUUGCCAAUUAUCUAGAAGAGUUAAAUCACUUGAAUCGCUUAUAUGAAAAGGUUGUGACAUGCAGCUAACAGAUUAAUUCCUGGCAUCCUUGUCUUACGUGAUUUAGAGUUUGAGUGGUAGAGAAAGGAGCUGUACAAACUGAACUUCGCCUUUUGUUAUCUGUGCUGAGCUGACACAUUACUCACAUUAUGUGCAAAACGUGGCUUAAAAUAAUUCGCUCCUCGAAUAAGCAAACGUGUUGGUGUGUUUUCGUCAACCCGCUUCUUUUUAAGCGCUGGCACCGUUCCUGUCAUGUUCCAAGGACUACUUCACCGCUUACUGUCCCUGUACACUGCCAAUUUCAUCAAGCUGGACUCCCUUUUCUAGUGGGUGUUUGUGUGCGUAUUAGUGUUUAAUAAUGGGUUGGAGUCUGAUAAUGGGUUAAACUUUAAAUAUUCCCAAAAUUUGGGUUCCCAUAAUGACAUAUCCUGACAUUUAGUAAAUUACUGUGAUUAUGUUGCCAUAUUUGAGAGAAGGUCAGGAGAGAAGUGUUGGUAUUGUAUUGGACCUCAUACUGUGCUUGACUGUGGGAAUGACUGGCAUGACUGCACUGGACUUGUUCCCCUCUUUGUUGAACCAUUGUGUGUAAAGUCUCAGCACUGGUGAAACUGUUUUGGUAGAGUAGAUUAUUGUUUUUUCCAUUGUGAUGUUGGACUGUAAAUAAACUAACUGUACUUGAUAUCACAUGUUAUUCUUAACGGCCCCGUUUUUCAAAGAUAUAUUUUGAGAUAUUACCUCAUCGUGUUUGCUUUACCUGAC